AUGUCAUGGCAACCCACUUGCAGCUCCACCAUGAAGAUCACAGCUUUCGUUGCCGUCGCCCUGUCCGCCGUCGUCGGAAUUGCUCUCGCCGACGAGUGGGGAAAUGAUGACAGCUGGGGCAUGGGUGGCGGAUAUGGCGGCUAUGGUGGCGGAAUUUCAAGUAUCGGCGGCGGCUACGGUGGGGAUUCGUACGGUUCUGGUUACGGUGCCGGAUCUGGCUACGGCAUGGGCGGUGGUGCAUCGAUCGGUUCUGGUUAUGGUUCCGGAUACGGAUCUGGCUCCAGCUACGGAUACGGAGGCGCUUCACUCGGUGUCGGUCACAGCGCCGCCUUUGUGCCUGUCCCUGCCGCCGGCGGCUCCGGAAGUGGCAUUGGAUCUCUCCUGCCCCUGCUUGCGCUGGCUGUGCUGUUCCCUCUGCUCUCCGGCAACUCCGGCACCCAGGACCAGAUCAUCCUCGUCAAUUCGACACUCGAGGGAUAA